AAAUCAUACUCUCACUGUAACAGUCGAAAUGGGAAACCCUAAAACACUCACUCUGAUUCUCUUUUCUCUCUUCGCGAUCACAUCAGCUAAAGUCUUCUUCGAAGAACGCUUCGAAGAUGGAUGGGAGAAUAGAUGGGUUGUAUCUGAUUGGAAGAAAGAUGAGAGCACCGCCGGGGUCUGGAACCAUACUUCUGGAAAAUGGAAUGGAGAUCCUAAUGACAAAGGUAUCCAAACAAGUGAAGACUACAGGUUCUAUGCUAUUUCAGCUGAGUUCCCUGAAUUCAGCAACAAGGAUCAGACACUUGUUUUCCAAUUCUCCGUCAAGCAUGAGCAAAAGCUUGAUUGUGGUGGUGGCUACCUAAAGUUGCUCAGUGGUGAAGUUGACCAGAAGAAAUUUGGUGGUGAUACCCCGUACAGUAUCAUGUUUGGACCAGAUAUCUGUGGAUACAGCACCAAGAAAGUUCAUGCCAUUCUUAACUACAAUGAAACAAACCACUUGAUCAAGAAGGAAGUUCCCUGUGAGACUGACCAACUCUCUCAUGUCUACACAUUUAUCAUCCGUCCUGAUGCUACAUACAGUAUCCUUAUUGACAAUGUAGAGAAGCAAACUGGCAGUUUGUACACCGACUGGGAUCUUCUCCCGCCAAAGCAAAUCAAGGAUCCUGAGGCCAAGAAACCUGAAGAUUGGGAUGACAAGGAGUAUAUUCCUGAUCCCGAAGACAAGAAGCCAGAGGGUUAUGAUGACAUUCCCAAGGAACUUCCAGAUCCUGAUGCCAAAAAGCCUGAGGACUGGGAUGAUGAGGAAGAUGGUGAGUGGACUGCUCCAACCAUUCCCAAUCCUGAGUACAAAGGCCCAUGGAAGCCAAAGAAAAUUAAGAACCCCAACUACCAGGGCAAGUGGAAGGCACCAAAGAUUGACAACCCAGAUUUCAAGGAUGAUCCAGAACUUUAUGUUUACCCAAACUUGAGAUAUGUUGGCAUUGAAUUGUGGCAGGUGAAAUCUGGAACCUUGUUUGAUAAUGUCUUGGUCAGUGAUGACCCGGAGUAUGCAAAGCAGCUGGCUGAAGAAACAUGGGGAAAGCAGAAAGAUGCUGAGAAGGCAGCAUUUGAAGAGGCAGAGAAGAAAGCGGAUGAGGAGGAAACCAAUGAAGAUGCCGCAGGUUCUGAUGCCGAGGAUGAGGAUGAGACUGAUGAUGUGGAAGGAGAAGAUUCUGACGCCGAAACUAAAGAAGACAAGGACGGCGAGGACGAAGAAGUACAUGAUGAGCUGUGAUGAGGAAGCACUCUUGCCAGCAAAUUGGCAUGGAGAUCCAUCUUGGCUCCAAGUGCUAGUAAUUUUGUUUGUCCUCAUAAUUCUUAGUUGUAGGAUUCCAUCUAGGAACGGGUUGAGAAAUGCAUGCAUGCAAAACUUGCGUGGCUGAUCGUUUUUAGCCUUGAGAAUGAAUGAGAGUUGUGUUUUAAUAAUCACAUUCAUAAAGUAGUCUGAACGUGUUCCACAAA